AUGCAACACUCUGCUGCUGAACCAAACCUCUUCAUUACUGCACCACAGAAGAUGGAAGCACUGAGAGGAUCUUGUUUGCAAAUCCCAUGUACCUUUAGUGCUAAUCCUGAAAAAGGCUUUAACAGUAGCAGAGCCUCCUCUGGAGUGUGGAUUAAAAAUGACUACAGAUUUCAGUUGAAUCCAAACAAUGUGAUAUUCAAUGGUACCGGGUCAGUGAACAAAUAUGCAGCAAACAUCACUGGAAACCCGAGUCAGAAAAACUGCACCACUCUGUUUUCCAGUUUAACCACAGCUGACACAGACAAUUCUGCUCCGAGCCCCAGGAUUCACAUCUUAGGUGAUGUGAAGGAGAAGGAGUCUGUGGGUAUAACCUGCUCAGUUGUCUCUCCCUGUCCACAGUCCCCUCCCACACUCACCUGGGCUGUCCCACAUGAGUCUCAGAACAAACUGGAGCAAAACAUAGAUGGAACCUUUACAGUUAAAAUCCAGGAGAACAUCACUCUGUCAGACAAACAUGAUGGACGCAGCAUCUCCUGCUCUGCCAAAUAUCCUGUGAAUGGAGGGACAGCUGUCUCACCAGCAGAGGGCAAAGUGACUCUCAGUGUCUCAUAUACCCCCAAGGACACCUCAGCAUCCAUCAGUCCACCAGGUGGGGUGUCAGCAGGUACCCAGGUGAACCUGACCUGCUCCAGCAGAGCCAAUCCUCCCAUCAGCCACUUCACCUGGUUCAAGCAGAUCCCAGGUGGAUCCAUCAAUGUAUCUGAAGGAGACGUUUACGGUUUCAACGCCACAGAUGAAGGAGUUUAUUUCUGCGUGGCCACCAACGCCCUCGGUGAUCAGACGUCACCAACGAUCCGUCUGAAUCUGAACGGUAAAUAUUGAACUGGACUCAGUGUGAGACCGUU